GUCCUUUUCGGACACGUGUAGUUGACGUGGCAGUUGACUUGGAGCCCGCAUCUCUUCCAUCUUCCUUGCCUAUUGCUCGCCACUCAGCGCUUCGCUCCCCGCCCUCUUCCCCUCUUUCUUUUUCUUUCGCGAACUCGUUGUGGAAAAUUUAUACGAAACAGUUUGGUUAGGGCACGAUGCUUCGGCUUUUUUGGUCGAUCUCCUGAAUCUUGUUUCUACUGAAGGCGUUCUUUCACUCCCUAAUUCUCUGAGAAGCCCCUUGAGAUUUUCUAAGCAAUCUCAUCGGCUUUUAUCAAACUAUUCGCUGGUUUCAUCGAGGGAUUUUUUCUCUUAAACAGUUAAGCCUAUUAGAUAGAAGUUGAGCACUAAGGACAUAGGAUUUCCACGGUAUAUAACUUUGAUGGGUACCAAUCAAACAAUUACGCCUUCCAAAUCAGAAAAAUCAUCUUCAAUAGUGCAGGCAUACUAUGGUUCUGGAGUUCCAAUUGCAGCUCCUUAUUUCAGUGCUGCAGUUGCUCCUGGUCAUACUUAUCCAUAUAUGUGGAGUCCGCAGGUUAAUUCCCAUUCUGACAUUUUGGCUUUCUCAGCCCAUGUUGACACCUUUUGGGGGGCCAUACACAGCAAUCUGUCCUCAUGGACUUUACCCACAUCCUUCAGCAACCCAUGUAUGUUUUUACUUAUUAACUUCUACAUUUUCUACUGACAGUUUUUUGUAAAGUGACUCUAAAACUGGGGAGUGUGAGUAUGAUAUUAAAAAAAUUUACCAUCAGAAGUUUUUCUUAUAAAUAUUUUUUUUCAAAUUUUUGAGGAGAAAGAUGAAAUCACAGAUUUUUUUAUUUUAUUCAAACAAAUUUCUUUAUUAUUGAAUGGUAGUUCUUUUUUAGGACAGUCAUUUACUUUAUUUGCAUUGACAUAUAUCAUAUUAGAUCUAAAUUUAUCUAUGGAUGACACCCGAUCCUACUAGAAGAAUAACACUGAGAAAAUGACCUAAAAACUUAUGUGAGAAUGGAAAGAAUAGUCCACUAUCAAGAAUCUAUAGUACAAGUGCUCAAACUACCAAAGGUUCAAGAUAACCAAAAUAUCAUAAAUACUUCUCUUAACCCUUUAUUUAUAGGGAUUUGAGCACUAUAUAAAAGGCUACAUCUAUAAAGAAAUAGAAAAUAUAAUUCCUUACAAGCUCUCAAUACAAACUACUCUAGAAAUAUCUUGCUCUCUGACUGGUUGAAGGGAGAGUAAAUUUGUAUGAAUCUGAUGGUCUGCCUUCAGGUGAGUUAAAUAUUGUGGAGUAUUGAAUGAGUAUUGAGUAGGAGGGGCCUCUGGUUGGUGGAUACUUUGGAAUCAUCAGCAACCUAUGUUGGAACCUUGGAUCGCCUAGAAAAAGAAGGCAAAUGAGCUAGUGUUGUAGGGAAGGAAGGCCAUGUUCAUGGUUGAAUGAUAAUGAUAUGGCAAGCUAAGAGCCCAUUGAGUAAGUGCUUUUUUGUAGCAAAGGUGGCAAGUGUGAAUGAUGACACUCCUAUGUUGAUGAUGGCGUACGACUUCGGUGGAUAAUCAGCCGUACGAGGCAAAUGGUGAGUUGCCUAGUCACGAGAACUCUUGAUUUGUUCCUUCAGGGGGCUAUUUCCCUCUGCUUUUUCAGGUUAGUGGGAUCCAACAGUCCUUAGGCAAUCUCAUUUGUAGGGCCCGCUAUGUGCGAGUUUCUUUGUCGCGGCCUGCUGAUUACCUAACUAAUAUCGAAUAAUGCAUAUAUAAGUAUAUAUUUACUUGUCCGAUUCACUUGAACUUUUGAUAGGUGGGUGAUGAAAAGGAUAAGUGAAUUAAUGAUGAGUAUUAAAUAUUGCUAUCAAAUUAUGACUUGUUUAUUGUUACCUCGAUUUUUCUCAAUAAUGAUGAUGAUGUGACAUUAACUUUCUCUAGCCCCUAUAAGUAAUGAUUUUGCAUUGGAGAUCCUUUACUUCUUUGAUGAUUAUGAAUAGGGCUAUUGAGUCCUACGAGUGCUAUCAAAAUGAACCUUGUCGAGUUAGCCUUGUCGGGUAUAGAACAAUCAAAUUGGGCGGCCUUUUGCCUGGGGAAAGCUAACAAGCUGUUAGGCCCGUUCACUCUGAAUCGGCCCAUCCAUCCCAAGGGCCGGCUCACCACUACUACAGGAGGCGGAACUUGUCCGCCUCCAUGGAUGGUUCCCGCCUACAUUGAGGGCCCCACUAGUCCAAGUGAAUUCAAAUUGAAGAGGAGGAGGCUAGGGCUGGGAGGGAAAUUAGAUUAUGAAAGUUUUUCUAUUAAAGAGGAAGAGAUGUUUAGGGAAGGAUUAUGUUUUGGUUUGUUCUCAAUUAUGAUUUCUUGGCGACUUGGGCUCUAGACUCUCUUAUCUAGAGAUUUGGGAGUGACGAUCCUCCUCUCGAAUUGAGGAUCUCUUGUAUCUUGUUUUUCUUAUUGUUUGACUUUGAUUUUCUUACCACAAUAUAUUUUUUUGGGCUAUUUUCACCCAUAUUUCACAUUGUUCUCGUUGUUUUUCAUCCAUUGGACAUAGGUUUGCUUG